AUAGCUCUGCCCACGGAUGACAACUCUGCAGUUUGUCUUCCAAUUAACUAAGAGGUACUCUCCAUCCCUCAUUAGCAUAAAAGCCCUAUAAGUAGCAGAAAUCUGCUCUUUACUUUCGACACAUUUCUGGUGUUUUAAGAUGCCUGAGCCAGCCAAGUCUGCUCCCGCCCCGAAGAAAGGCUCUAAGAAGGCGGUCACCAAGGCACAGAAGAAAGAUGGCAAGAAGCGCAAGCGCAGCCGGAAGGAGAGUUACUCUGUGUACGUAUACAAGGUGCUGAAGCAGGUCCACCCCGACACUGGCAUCUCUUCCAAGGCCAUGGGCAUCAUGAAUUCUUUCGUUAACGACAUAUUUGAGCGCAUCGCGGGCGAGGCUUCCCGCCUGGCGCAUUACAACAAGCGGUCGACCAUCACUUCCAGGGAGAUCCAGACGGCGGUGCGCCUGCUGCUUCCCGGAGAGCUGGCCAAGCACGCCGUGUCGGAGGGCACCAAGGCCGUCACCAAGUACACGAGCUCUAAGUAAACUUUCCAAGGGGAGACAACAGCUUUUAGACAUAUCUUUUCCAGCGGUCGUCGCUGCUGGACACUGUUUCAUCUUGCAAAUAAACCAAUGAAAAUGAGUGAUCGUAGAAGAAGAUAAAUGGAGGUAUUUUGAACUAUCAAAGAAGGACAAAUGAACACCUGGCUAAGAAAAAUUAGCUUUUUUUCUAUGCAUAAAACUAUUAAAAUGUUCUUCAUAGAAAUUUAUGACUCGAGAAACAUAAAGACAAAAUUAAAAUAACUCCUAGUAUCUC